GUUUUCAGAGACGUCUCGGAGCUGACAGGGUUUCCGGAAAUGUUAGGGGGCCGGGUGAAAACCCUGCAUCCCGCAGUCCACGCAGGAAUCUUGGCUCGUGAUAUCCCAGAAGAUAAUGAGGACAUGGCCAGACUUGAUUUCAAUCUCAUAAGAGUUGUGGUCUGCAAUCUCUAUCCGUUCGUGAAAACGGUGGCUUCUCCAGACGUCUCUGUGGAGGCAGCUGUGGAGCAAAUCGACAUUGGUGGCGUCACCUUACUGAGAGCAGCAGCCAAAAACCACGCGCGCGUGACCGUCGUGUGUGACCCAGGGGACUACGAGGCGGUGUCCGGGGAGAUGCAGAGCUCUGACCGUAAAGACACCUCCUUGGAGACUAGGUGCCAGCUAGCCUUGAAGGCGUUCACUCACACUGCCCAGUACGAUGAGGCAAUUUCCGAUUACUUCAGGAGGCAGUUCAGUAAAGGAGUGUCCCAGCUGCCCUUGAGGUACGGGAUGAACCCGCAUCAAACACCUGCUCAGUUGUACACACUGCAGCCCAGACUUCCCCUCACAGUUGUAAAUGGAGCCCCUGGAUUUAUAAACCUGUGUGAUGCGUUGAACGCCUGGCAGCUGGUAAAGGAGCUCAAAGAAGCUUUGGGCCUCCCCGCCGCUGCCUCUUUCAAACACGUCAGUCCAGCAGGUGCUGCUGUUGGGUUUCCACUCAGUGAAGAUGAGGCCAAAGUGUGCAUGGUCUUCGAUCUCUACCCCACCCUCACGCCCAUUGCUACCGCGUAUGCCAGAGCAAGAGGGGCUGAUAGGAUGUCUUCAUUUGGUGAUUUUAUUGCACUGUCUGAUAUUUGUGAUGUCCCUACUGCCAAAAUCAUCUCCAGAGAGGUGUCUGAUGGCAUUGUUGCGCCAGGAUAUGAAGAAGCAGCCCUGAAAAUUCUGUCUAAAAAGAAAAAUGGAAACUACUGUGUGCUUCAGAUGGACCCUUCGUAUAAACCAGAUGAAAAUGAAGUUCGAACUCUCUUUGGUCUGCGUUUAAGCCAGAAGAGAAAUAACGGUGUCAUCGACGGGUCAUUAUUUAGCAAUAUUGUUACCAAGAAGAAAGAGUUGCCGGAGUCUGCACUCAGGGACCUCAUCGUCGCCACCAUUGCAGUCAAGUACACUCAGUCUAAUUCCGUGUGCUACGCCAAGAACGGGCAGGUCAUCGGCAUUGGAGCUGGGCAGCAGUCUCGAAUUCACUGCACGCGCCUUGCAGGGGAUAAGGCAAACUGUUGGUGGCUUAGACACCACCCGCGAGUGCUUUCGAUGAAGUUUAAAACCGGAGUGAAGAGGGCAGAAAUCUCUAAUGCCAUCGAUCAAUAUGUUACUGGAACCAUUGGCGAGGAUGAAGAUCUGAGAAAGUGGGAGGCGCUGUUUGAGGAAGUCCCCGCACCAUUGACCGAGGCCGAGAAGCAGCAGUGGGUGGACACACUUGGUGAAGUUUCUAUCAGUUCGGAUGCCUUCUUUCCUUUCAGGGAUAAUGUAGACCGAGCUAAAAGGAGUGGGGUGGCCUACAUUGCCGCUCCGUCCGGUUCUGCCGCUGACCAAGUUGUGACUGAGGCCUGCAACGAACUGGGGAUCAUCCUGGCUCAUACCAGUCUCCGUCUCUUUCAUCACUGAGCCGUCUCAUGCUGGUCUUCUGUAGUUUGUCUAUAUGACUGUGAACAAUCAAACAUUUUCAUGUGUUUUUUCCCCCUCCCCAAAAUAAAACAUUAAAUCUUAAUGUUUGGAUCCAUAAUA